CUGCACUCAACUCAAUUGAACCGCUCUCAGAUUCAGAAAAUAUAUAAGACCUUCUCGGCUUCGAGGAUUCCCCGGACCAACACAGCUCGAUCAUAGGUCUUUUACUGGAAAUUACUGCGAAGAUGCCAGCAAGAACAACCGAGCGCACGCCUCUCGUCGGGAGCCGCAACGCAAACGGCCGGCAGACUCCGAACGAGGCGCCUCAAGACUCGCCAGAGUUCUUGAAAUACCGAAAGAGAGUAUUGGUGUUACUCGUCUCUGCUUAUACAGCCUACUAUUUCUGCAAAACAAAUCUUCCUCUGGCCAUCCCGUACCUGGAGAAAGAUGAGGGGCUCAAAAGGACGGAUAUCAACAUUGUGCUGACUUCCGGAUACGUGAUGUACUUGAUUGGAAAGUUCCUCUCAGGAUAUUGCAAUGACCAGUUUGGUGGGAGAUGGACAUUGAUAGGAGGCCUCGUCGGAUCCGUCAUCAGUAGCAUUCUUUUCACGCUCAAAACGAACGUGCCGUACUUCGCUGUUAUCCGCGCCAGCAACCAGAUCUUCUCGAGUGUGGGCUGGGGCGGAUGCGUCAAGAUUGUCCGGGGAUGGUACCCACCAAGCCAGGCUGCACAUGCCAUUGCGAUUGCCUCACUGGGCGAAACACUUGGCGACGCUGUCGUCCGCUUGACCCUUGGUUCGGCGCUGCUCGCUGGUUUGGCCUGGCAGACGAUGUUUCUGAUCUCGGCUGCCGUCGCGGCCGCCAUUCUGAUUCCCUCGUGGUUCAUGCCUGGGACUCCUGAGGAUAAGGGGCUUGAGGCGCCGGUGGAGAAGGAGAAGGAGGAGCAAGAGAAUAUGGAAAGCCGUUCCAUAUUCAAGGAUGGAGAUGAUGGGAUUUCCGCCAUCCUCAAGAGCGGCAGGGUCUGGUUGCUGUCGAUGGAGUUGCUUGUCGUCAUUUUGGUCCGCGAGUCCUUUGCGAGCUUCGUCUCCUCUUUGAUCGCUGCGGAGCUUGACCUCUCCGCCGCGCAAGCUAGUAUCUACUCGGCCAUUUUCCCGGCUAUGGGUGCCGUAUCAAGUAUCGGAGGAGGAAUGCUUCUCGACCGAGCGACGCCCGGCCGCCGAGGCUUGAUCCCACUGGUCUCCUUUGUUGGCUUAACCCUGGCUCUCAUUGGCAUGUGGGCCGUUACACCAUCGAGCGCCGGUCAAUCUGGAAGUACAUUCGACGCUUUCAUAGAAGCCGCGAAGGACAGCAGCCACACAGACACCAAGCAGAUUGUCUUGCUGAUAGGAAUGAUCGGGUUGGUUGCGCUGUUCCUAUACGCGCCGAAGGUUAUCAUUGACGGCGCAUUUGUAAUGGACUUGGCGGGAGGCGCCGACAAAGUCGGGAAGGUUACCGCUUUCGUCACGGGUGUGGGAUAUAUUGGUGGAUGUUUGUCGCCUACUGUGUCUGGCUCACUCGCCGAUGUGAAGGGCUGGCCGGUUGCCAUCCUGUUGAUGGCGGGGCUCAGCGGUUUUGUUACCCUGAUUAGUGCUGUAUACUGGUGGGCGGACUUGAAGGAGUUGAGGCGAGGAGAUGCAUCCGAUGAGGAAAGGGAUUGACUUAGGACCGAAUCCGCUGAAUCGAUCCGUCGAGUGGACAACGAACGAUCUGUCAUGUAUUUAAUAUCGACAAUUUGUGGUGUCUCCAUUUUUGCAACGGUCGCUUUUCGUUGAAUGAUUGCUUCUUGG